CAUGAAAACCGAAGUAUCCUGGAAACGACGAUUUCUACGAAAAAAGCUCAAGUACAUGUUGAUAUGCGUCCUCGUAGUCGCUGUGAUAUUCGUGUUUUAUCAACUAUUUUACUUCAAAGAACUGAAUCGGGAAAUCGUCGGCAAACUAAUCGCCGGCUCGUUACGAGAUAAUAAUCACGUGGUCGUCGGCAAGCAAACUUCCAAAUGGCAUCAACCACAGCAUUCCAAGCUCAUACGUGACAAAAACGGUCGAACUGUGUCAUUGCGUGGUACGCGAAACCAAGACAUUGCCAAGUAUCUUCCCAAUGUUAAUGGAAAAUUUGUAUGUUUUGCUUCAAAGAGAGAAAUCGAUUUUGUGAAAAUUAAUGACAAUUAUUGUGACUGUCCGAUGGAUGGAAGUGAUGAACCAGGUACCAAUGCAUGCAAUAGUGGUGUCUUCAAUUGUGAGACCAAUUCUAGAAAAUCAGCAGCGAGAAUACCAUCAUAUAAGGUUAAUGAUGGAUAUUGUGAUUGUUGUGAUGGUUCUGAUGAAUGGGCUGAAGCAGCACUAUUGUAUGAUAAUGAUAUGUUGUUGAGACACAUUACAUAUCGCGCGAUGGAACAAGAAUCAGAGUCCAACAGGACAACAUGGAAUCCGUUUGAUAUAUUUCAAUGUGACACGUGUUGCCCUUAUGCGGUGAUUGUGCUGAAUUGUCCCAUAUAUUGGAAGCACGACAUUGUGUUCCCAUUGUGGCAGAAAGCUCAAAUCACGGUCACCGUCGAUGGUGGAACGCACAGAUGGCUGAAGUAUUUGGAGGAGAAUGGGAUAGAUAGAUUAACCAACGAACAUAGGCAAUACAUACCUAAUCUUAUUACAGGAGAUAUGGAUAGCUGUGUGUCGGAUGUGAUUGAAAAAUUGGAACAUUUAGGAUCUCUUAUUGUUAAAACACCUAAUCAGAAUCAUACGGAUUAUACUAAAGCCUUAGUGCAAGUUGCGCAUUAUGCCAAGAAAAAAAAUAUAAAUUUAGGUAAAAUAUACGUGUUUGCAGAGACAUCAGGCAGAUUUGACCAUAUUAUUGGCAAUAUUAAUACAUUGUACAAAAGUGACAAGCUUGUGGGGAAUAUACAGGUAAUACAAAUUGCAAGUAAUUCUCUAACAUGGUUAUUAAAACCUGGCUUGCAUAAUAUAUGUAUACCGGAGAUCUUAGUACAACAAAAAUCCUGGUGUGGUUUGAUACCAUUUGGAUGUCCGGUUAAUUGUAUAUCAACAUCUGGAUUGAAAUGGGAUUUAAAUAAUAUAACUAUGAAAUUCGGCGAUUUAGUUAGUACUUCGAAUACAUAUAAUAAUUCUGAAGUGACUGUAGAUACAGAUACAACAGUAAUUUGGACUAUGGGUAUAGAAUCUUUUAUAGAAACUAUAAAUAAUGAAGCAAUUACUCCAUCAAUAAAUAACAAGUAAAUAAAUAUUUUAAAUUAUCAAGCACAUGACGAAUUAAGUCAGAAAUGCUCAAUAUUACUGCUAUCUAAGGUACUUAAUAAUAUUUUUUAUUUAAAUAACAAUAAAUUAAUUGGCCUAAAAUUGACUUAGAAUUAUGCAAAUUUUUAAUUCAAUUUAGGAAAUUCAAUCGAAUCAUUUUUUAAUUGAUUUAUAUAUAUCUAUCAUGAGAUAAUUGAGGUAUAUGUAAUUAUGUUACAAUAAUAUGUUUUAAUCAUAGAUGAAUUAUUUUCCGUCAUUCUAUAUGAAUUUUGUUUGAAUAGAGUUAUAGAUUCCUAUUCUACAUAAGAUAAAAUGUUCAUUCAAAAAUAUAAAUUAUAUAUAGCGUUUUAUAAGUGGAAUAUCGUAUUUUUAAAUUUACAAAUUUUUUUAAGUUCUUUUACAAUUUACAUCACAUUAAAUUAUUAGAAAAAUAUAUGUAAAAUAUAUUUUUAUUUGUUAAUAAGUUAUAUCAAAUCGAUAUAAUAAUAUUAGAUAUUAUAUUAUCAGGACAAUUGUUUUUUAAAUCUUGAAUAUAUAGAUUGAAUAUAUAUAUUGAAUAUAUAUAAAUAUAUAUUAAAACAUUUAAUA